GAGGGUCGCUUCUGCGAUGUUGUCCUGAGCGCGACAACACUGAAGCGUGAUGAUGGCGCGGAAAGUGACUGUGGCGGAUGUGAUGUGAAAAUCUCGGCCCAUCGUGCUGUGCUUGCUGCGGCCUGUCCCUAUUUCAGUGCAAUUACGCACUGGUGGCUGCUUGUAUGCCAAUGGGACAGUAAUGUUUUGUCAUCGUUUUUUUUGUUGUUUCAGGGAAUGGAUGGAACUUCGUUGCAGGCACUUGUUGACUACAUGUACACUGGUCGAUUAAUGAUCAGUGAGCAGAAUGUGCAGAGUCUUCUUACGACAGGCUCAUUGCUACAGCUGACGUGUGUGCGCGAUGCGUGUUCUCGAUUUCUGUUGGAGCAGCUGGAUCCGUCGAACUGCCUUGGCAUUGCACAGUUUGCUCGACUGCAUGGCUGCUCACAGCUGGCACUUUCGGCUACCACAUUUAUCCAGCAGCACUUUAGUCAGCUGGUUCACUGUGAGGAGUUUUUGGCGCUUGACAAAGAACAGGUGAUCGAAUUGAUCUCGUCCGACCAUUUGACGACUAAUGGCGAACAUAAGGUUUAUGAAGCUGUGGUUCGAUGGAUUAUGCACGAUUGCAAGAACCGAAGCCGCGCAUACCCCGAGCUAUUAGCGCAUGUUCGCUUACCGCUGCUCUCUUCUGAUUACCUCACCGAUAAGGUGGAUCCCGAUGUGCUGAUUCGCCAGAAUCCGGAAUGCAAGGAUUAUCUUUUGGAAGCCUAUCGUUACCAUUUGAGGAAGGAGCGCACUGAAGAAAGUGUGCGUUGCAGGCCACGUCAACCAAUCCCAUUAUCCAAGCUGAUAGUGUUGAUUGGUGGUCAAGCGCCGAAAGCAAUUGCUAGUGUUGAUGCUUUGGAUCUGGACGCUUUGCGAUGGACACCACUGGUGGAUCAGCUGAUUGUUGCAGUGGGCGGUUUCGAUGGCGCAACAGGGCUAAGUUCCGCUGAAGCGUUCGAUGCUCGUCAAGACCAGUGGAUGCCACUUCCGUCAAUGACUGUAAGGCGAUCGUCGGUUGGUGUUGCAGCGCUUGGUGGUCUGGUGUACGCGGUUGGUGGUUAUGAUGGGAAUACGAGAAACUGCUUGGAUACUGUUGAAAUUUACGAACCACGUGCAAACAGAUGGCGUCCAGGACCAUCGUUACUCCAGAAUCGCUCUGGUGCAGGGGUCACGGUGGUAGGCGAUCGGCUGGUUGCUGUUGGCGGCCACGAUGGCCCCACUGUCAGGGAAACCGCUGAGAUCCUUAUCAACGAUACGUGGGCAAUGCUGCCCGAAAUGCAUGUGUGUCGCCGUAAUGCCAGCGUUAUCGCUUUCGGCUCAAAUCUUUUUGCCAUUGGAGGCGACGAUGGCACAUCGAAUUUGAGGUCUGUUGAGAUGUUGGCCGUCUCUUCGCUGAAGCAGCAACCAUGGACACAUCUCAGUGUAUCGACCGGCCAGCCCCGUUCCUAUGCUGGCGUUGCACUACUGCCAAAAACGCUUUGA